AUACGUGGCCCCAGCGGCCGCCAUGGCGGACAGCGGCCCCUCGGGGGGGCCAGCUUUGACUGAUCCAGGCCCCGAGCCAGGCAGUGCCAACACAGGGCCCCGAGUCUACUUCGAGAGUCCCCCUGGGACCCCAGGCGAAACCCCUGGCCCCGGGAACAACCCGGAUAAAGAUGACCAGGUGAGACGGCCACAUAGGCCAGAUAAGAUCAUCGUCAAGUACGACCGCAAGGAGCUACGGAAGCGCCUCAACCUGGACGACUGGAUCUUAGAACAGCUCACUGGUCUCUACGACUGCAAGGAAGAGGAAAUCCCAGAGCUCGAGAUCGAUGUGGACGAACUCUUAGACAUGGAAAGCGACGAUACCCGGGCUGCUAGAGUCAAGGAGCUGUUAGUUGACUGUUACAAACCCACUGAGGCCUUCAUCAAUGACCUGCUAGACAGGAUCCGGGGCAUGCAGAAGCUGACCAUACCCCUGAAGAACUAAAAAGGUACUGACUCGGAUGACCGUGGCUCCCGCAGGACAAUCGCUGUCCCCCAGUCUCCUAGCAAUAGCGAUACUGGGAGACCCUGCAGCCAAGCCUGGUGCCAUGAGCAGGGAUCCUCUUGUCCCUGCCUAGGGGCCACUUCCCCGCCCUCAGUUUUCCAUUUUGGCUUUUUAAUUUUACUUUUAAAAAUAAUUGUUAUUAAACUGAUGGGACUUUAAAAACGAAGAACUAUACUAGGACCGUAAGUAGAGAAUUGUAACUUUGGUAAUUAACAUACUUUUCCCCUGAUCUCUGUGAGUCACAUCACCUGAAACUGCUGAGUUGGACAUCAUCAGCAAUGUGCGGUCCUUUUUCUAAGUGAAGCCUCCUCCAAUUUCUCUAGGGAUUAAGGAGUAAUACAUUUUAAAAGUAUGACUGUCAACAAGCGAAUCAUACCCGUAAAAAUGCUAAUUUCAUUUGUUUGGUUGAUCUAUCAAUUGAGUAGAUUUGUAAAAUGAGUCUAUGGCGCGAUGGUAGAAAAUGCUGAAGGACAGUUAUACUCUUGUCUUCAGGGAGCAAAGCCUAGUGACAUGCGACCAGGGGAGAAAGUACACACGCAGAAGAGGGAGGACGUAGAACGAAGGACUUGGGGCUGCUGUCACCCCUUCUUUUCUCUGAAGGGGGAGUUCAAGUCAUACCCCUUCCCACCUCAGAGGAUGGAGAACCAAGAAAUCGACCCUUCCAGGACCCGGAGCUUUUCCAAGGCACUUCCUGCUAGGCCUAACUUCCACCAGGCAGCCUCGCCUAGUUCAGUGCCUGGCUAGUAAUCUCCAGCUGGCUUUGAGGCUUGGCCCAUCAUUUCCCAAUCCACAGCAAGGACCUGUGCUCAAGCCAGGAUAUCGUCCCAGGCUUGCUGGAGUUAGUAAUGUACCAACGUUUCAGCACAGCCUGGAGCUUUUAAAGACAUUGAAGCUGUUUUCCCUCUUGCUAUGGAGACACGGGAAUUGGUAUCCUAAAUCUUUGGGUUUGAAUUCCGUUCUCAUCACUAGCUCAGCAAGUCCAGACAAGUCACAUAACCGUUUCAAGCCUCUGUUUUGCUCCUGUUAAAUGGCAACAAUAAAAGCAACUCAUACAGUGAGAAGUUACCUCCAGCACACCAAGAGCUAGCUACGAUUCCAUUUCUUCUCUGUUUCCCCCCUGCCUCUUUCUUACAAAUAUGUUACUUUUGGCUCAUUUUCUUCACUGAAUGGGGACAAGGAAGAUAGUAAUAAAAAUGUACAUUUACAGUUGUUUAAAAAUAAAAUUAAUAAGCCGAAA